AUGAAUCCGUAUAGCCAGUCCUCUGGUUAUACGGGCCUUCUUCACAGUCAACAGGAAAGUGUUCUCCAUGAAAACUCUCCUUAUGAGAGUUUUCAUUCUGGAUCUUCAGAAAUCCCUCAAUUCAGUUCUCAACAAUGUGAGGCUCCAACUCCACCUACAGACAUACCCGUGGAGCGUGGGAAGAGACACAAAUGGACCCCAGCGGAUGACGAGCUUCUAAUCAGUGCCUGGUUAAACACAUCUAAGGAAACUAUAGUUGGUAAUAACCAAAAGUCUGGGACCUUCUGGCAACGAGUAGGAGAUUAUUUCUUAGCGGCACUACUUAGAAGAGAUGAGAGGCAAAUUAGUAGUGGUCAGAAUGAUAACGAUGUUCUGGAGGUGGCCCAUGACAUCUUCUACUCUGAUCAGGAAUCGAAAUUUACACUUGAGCAUGCUUGGUGUGUGUUGAGGCAUGAACAAAAAUGGCUUAGCCUCAACACCACUAAAGCUUGUGGAAGUUCAAAGGGGAAAAGCAGUGAAACAGGUUCCCAACUGUCUUCCACCAGUGUUACUGACCAUGAGAUCCGGCCUGAAGGUGUCAAGGCUGCAAAAGCUAAAAGGAGUAAUGGUCAGGUGAAGUCGGUUGCUGAUUAUACAAGCGUUUGGGAAAUGAGGCAGGAGGAUCUCGCGAGGAAAGAAAAACUCUCCAAGCUUGCCAUACUAGACACUUUACUUUCCAAAAAAGAACCACUCAGUGAGGCUGAAGAAGUUGCCAAAAACAAGCUACUAGCCGAGUAUAUAUAG